AUGAAUCCUCAACAGCGCCCCGUCGCAAUCGCAACGGAUUCCGACCUUUCAAACUCUUCAGAGGACUACACACCAGACCCGAACGAUCCCGCCGAACUUGAGCGACAAGAUGAGCUUGGCUCGCUGGCGAGAUACGUAGAUGGUGGUCUGUCAGGUUCCAUGGCCUCCCUGGCCCCAAACUCGCUGGCAAACAGCCAAAGAAGCCAGCGAGAUCCAGUCACCACCAACGGCACCACUCCCCGCCACUCCUCAUCCAGGCCGUUGCCUCUGACCAGAACACCCUCCGGCACCUAUGCGCCACAGCGGGCACCUCCAGUGCAGCCCUCCAGCAUCAAUACCCGAUCUGGUUCUCGAUCACGCCGCGCCGACGACCCGGAGAAGCAGUUUCGUAACCAGGAACCCGCCUAUCUGCGCAUGAUACGCCAUUCAGAACAACCGCCCAGCAAUAGCUACUUCGGCGGCGAUCCGUAUACACCGAGCCUUGGCGAUUAUACAGAUGACGAAUCCGAGGGUGAGACGCCAUCUUCUGAAGGUGUUUUCGACGACCGUUACAACGAGGAAACCAUAAUGUUUUACAACGCCGAUGAGAAUGACCUCCACCCCACCGAAGACGAUGUCAGAGAUCCUGACAAUAGGGAGAGGCUGGAAUGGCACGGCAUGCUAGCAGCCGUCUUGACAGGAGACGUCGUGCGGCAGGAAAAGAAACGCCUGAUAGGUUCUUCCGAAAAGGAGGGCGGUCUUUCGGCCCAUAAAGCGGAACUCUGGGUUGGCUUGCGCUCCAAGAUAUGCGGCAGGUCUCUGGCCGUACAGCGACGAAUGGUGGAGGAAGCACGUUCGCACUUGGAGCGGACCAUUGAUGAAAUAACUCGUUUCGAGGUUCAGGGAGAGAGCGAGGCCGGAAAGCCUCCAAUCGAGCAAAUUCGGGACGUCGUUAAGAAGAUCGAGAAGUGUGAGAAUCUGUACCCUUCGUGGCAAGCCCUCGGCGCCGACCACAAGGCUGCUACAGCGCCUUCUUUUUUUGAAGCCUGCGAUGCCGUCUUGUCCUGGUAUAACACCAAUGAAAUGAUCAACACCGAACUGGAGAUUCUGAGAAAUUGGGUCGGCAAUGACGAACUGGAUUUCCAAAUGAAGAAGCAAAGGUCGCCGAGUACCAAUGGGCUGAGCGACGAGACUUCCUUUCUGGAUCGACUCAUGAAGGAGGACGGACUCAAAUCAUUGCACAACGAUGGCGGCAACGAGGAGGAGAAGCAGAAGAUAGCAGCCAAGACCAAGACGCUCAUUCGAAGAAGUAUGCUCGCGGCAAUAUCCACCACUAUCGCGAAAGCAAAAGAGACAUUGAUCGCCAAUUCUGCAGCCUUCAAGAAGCGACAUCUGCCGCCUUACAUAGAGGAGAUUCUCACCCUAAUCAGCUUCCCGUCUCGGCUGAUCGAGGAGAUUAUCAGGGUUCGCCUUGCAUAUGCUAAGAAGAUGAAGGAAACAACCCAGUCAAACGUCAUACUACAAGAUCAGAUGAUCGGACAGUUCGAGAUCUUGCUCCGGCUCGCCAUUCGCAUUAAGCAGGACAUUCUAACCGUAUUGCAACCACAGCCCGGCUGGCAACUGCCUCCUUGCAUAGACGACUCUUUUGACCAAGUUGUUCUUGAAGCGCUGAGGUAUUAUUUCAAAAUGCUUAACUGGAAACUGAGUCGGAACAAGAACACCUACAAAGAAGCUGAUGUCCUGUUCCAGGAAUGGGAUUUCGCCAACAUGGUCGGUGCAAACUUGCAGGGCGGAGACAUCGAGGUUGCGGAACAGUUUAGCACUUUGACUUUCAAGGCACUUGCUCGUCUGAGCCAGACCUUUGAGCGUGAACUGCAGCGAAAGCCCAGGGAAGCAGCCGACGUGAUGAGUAAGCGUUACAAGCAAGUCCUCGAAUCCGUUCGGGUGAGGCAGAGGAUGCUACAACGUUUUUCGCGCAUGCUGAGUGAUCAUUACGAGAACGCAUCCGAUAUGAGUAUUGCUUUCGGUGCUGACGAACUGCAACACUUUUACGAACGGCUCGCUUUUAGCGGCCAUAUCUUUGUCGACGACAUCGACGGCAUACAGAUCAUUGCAUCUCCAACACUUCUGGGACGAGAUGACGAAGUGCAAUCUAUUCUCCGAACCUGCGUUCAUGGGCCACAGCAGGAUCCCGAUAUAACAGAUCCAUACGUGCUGAUUCUUCGACCCGAGACACCUCUGCAUUGGUUUGGUAAACGCAGCACUCAACCCCUCAACGUUGACUCGACGGAUCUCAAGGUGGGACAAAUGAGACUCAUCGCCGAUGGUUCGCAGUACAGAUUAGUGAACGCACGCAAGGCUUUCCUGGACGCUGUCGAUAUGCAUCUCGACCUUGUCGUUGAGCAACGGUCAAAUUUGCACAAAGUCAACACUAGACUCAUGGAGAUCAGGAAAGUCGCAUUCAAAUUGUCCAAUACCUUCAUGGACAGUGUUGAGAUCAUCAGAAAGCAGACGAAAGGCAUGAAUUGUGCAGAGUUGAUUCAAACCUGCUUCGUCUUCGCCACGGAGUUUGGUCAACGUUCACUGAUCAGCAUGGACAGCAACCGUCGUCAGAUGAACAAUAUGAAACUCACAAAAUUGGCUCUUGACUGGGUCAGCUUCAUUUGUGACGAUUGUGCUGUUAGCGACCGCAAGUCCUUCCGCUGGGCUGUGCCGGCACUGGAAUUUGCCAUGGGCAUGACAAGAGGCCGCCAUAUUCUUGGCUUGGAUCCUGCUGAGUAUGCCAAGCUUCGUGCCAAAGUGUCUGGUUGCAUGAGGCUUCUCAUCUCCCAUUUCGACAUUCUCGGAGCCAAGUCCAACCAGGCAGCACAGACAGAAAAGGAACGUAUCGAGGCUUUGGUCGGACAGUUUAAGAGGCUCGACAAGAACCGUAUGUUUGAUGACGAAGAAGCAUUUAAAUACAUUCAGGAGCAACGUUUGGACAAGAUUGCCGAGAUCGACGAGUUUCAAAGGCAAACCGUUGCCGAAAGGCAAGGUGUGGGCCGUGUCCUGGAGGUAUCGAACGAGGUUGAUCGUUCUCUGGCCUUUUUAUCGUCUUCGGCCACCAACGUUACCAUGCGAUGGCAGCAAGGACAUUUCGUCGGCGGUGGUACUUUCGGCAAUGUGUACGCAGGAAUGAAUUUGGACACUGGCCACCUGAUGGCAGUGAAGGAGAUCCGUCUUCAGGAUCCCAAGCUCAUUCCCACGAUUGCCAGUCAGAUCAAAGACGAAAUGGGAGUGCUCGAGGUGCUCGACCAUCCUAACGUCGUUUCAUACUAUGGUAUUGAGGUCCACCGUGAUCGUGUUUACAUUUUCAUGGAAUUUUGCUCGGGCGGUUCCCUUGCAAACUUGCUGGAACAUGGUCGAAUUGAAGACGAACAAGUCACGAUGGUUUAUGCACUACAGCUACUUGAGGGUCUUGCCUACCUUCACGAAAGCGGCAUUGCUCAUCGUGACAUUAAGCCAGAGAAUAUCCUUCUUGAUCACAAUGGUGUCAUCAAAUAUGUUGACUUUGGAGCCGCUAAAGUCAUCGCUCGUCAAGGACGUACUCUAGUGAAAUCGGCAGCAACAACACCGAACAGGUCGAUGACCGGUACCCCGAUGUACAUGUCUCCAGAGGUUAUCAAAGGCGAGAACCCUGGUAAGGCUGGGUCCGUUGACGUGUGGUCUCUAGGUUGUGUGAUCCUCGAGAUGGUAACGGGUCGUCGUCCAUGGUCCAAUUUGGAUAACGAGUGGGCCAUCAUGUACAACAUUGCCCAAGGCAACCCGCCACAACUGCCUGGACCCGAUCAGCUCAGCCCCCAGGGUAUUGAUUUCUUGAGGAGGUGUUUUAUUCGAAACCCGAAACACCGUGCUACUGCAGUCGAAUUACUCCAGCAUGAAUGGAUCAUGAAUAUCCGCAGCCAAGUCAUGGAGCCUGCUACACCAAGCGACAGUUCAGGCUCAGCACAAAGUACUCCUCACCCCAACUCGGCGAGCAGCCGUGCUGCCGCUGAGGGCUUUGCUUAG